GUGGCAGUCCAACCUGCUGCCCAUCAGACUCCAGAGCCACUUCUGUCAUGUCUAACAUCAGUGUGAGGUCUUGGUGGAGUGGAGGGGGACCUCAUCGAGUGUUUGUGCCCCACUCCCCCAUGGACUUGAAGAUUGGGCACAGGGUCCGAAUCAUGUUACCCUCUGGACGGAUCAGCACCGGUACCUUACGCUACCUGGGCAACAUACAAAACUCUCCCGAAUACCAUCUUGGCGUAGAACUGGAGUUGGCUGAUAAUGGACAGCAUGACGGCACCUAUGAAGGACAGCGCUACUUUCACUGUGACCCUGGACAUGGCGCGUUUGUAACAUUCAGUAAAUUGUUAAUGGCUUGGGAGUAGAUGCUCUUAUUGGAACACUUAAGUGAAGACUCUUCAGGCCACUCAAAGGCACUCUUGGAACAGUUCGUUGGAUAGAUCAGAGCACAGCAAUGAUGAAAUAUUUAUGUAGGCCAACCCAGAAGUUAACAUUCCCUACACCAAAAACACAAUAGGCUUUUGGAUUAUUGCAAAAAUUAUGCAAAAAAGUUAAAAGCUAAGUAAACAUGGACAAAUGCCUUCAAUGUCACCAAUAUUACUUACCAAAAAUAUUAUUUAAUAAAUUUUCCCUGAAAGUUUGAGUUUUAAUAGUAUGCAAUAGCAUGAUUAUAAACACAAUGAUGCUGUGAAACUGGGUAAUGAGUAGAUGAGUUUACCUGUUCAGUCUGAACACAUUUAAUGUCCCAGACAAUCUCUGUAGUCCCAUUUAGUUACUUGUUAGCAACCACCUUUAUCAAUUCAAGCAAAAGCAUAACAAACACUUAGGGGUCAUAGAAUGGCCUGUGUUCACAACUUUUGGCAUUUAACCAAAAACCCAUUAAAAAAAAAAAAAAAAAAAUCUUCAGGACGAUGGAACCGGAGGGGCUAAAAUGCUAACUUUUUCCAGGUUUGGCCUACAAAAACACAUCAUGCCUGCAGGAGUAUUUGUGUAUAGUAUAACUCUACUAGUAGAACAAUAACUUGUAACUGGCAGACAGGUGACCUUAUAUGUUACCAUAAAGCUGAAAAGGGUGAUUUCUGCUCCACUAGUGACACCAAAUGUAAAAGCAAAAACAAUCAAUCUCACCCCAACAUUGUACCAUUGGAUGAACAUGGUAUAGCAAUGUUUUGAAGAUGGCACCAACCUAUGAAUGUAUUAGCUACUUGGCGUCUCUGUCUAUUAAUAAUCUGUCAUUUUUACCAAGAAAUCACACGUGAUCAUGUGAUUUGUUUGAAAACAUGAUUUCUUAGACAAUAAGUAAGCAUGAAGGUACACCCUAAACCUAACCUCAAAGGGACAUAAACAGAUCGUACAAACAAAUGACAAAUUAGCAAUCAAUUCUGCAUGUAUGUAGAUAUAAAUUUAAAUAUAGUUAGGCCCCGUCCACAUGGAGACGAGUUUAGCAGUAUACGCAUAAAUUUUGUAUCAUGUAGGCGUUUUGGGAGUGAAACCGACAUUUUUUGAAACCGGGUCCAACUGGAUAAAUCAGAAAACGCCACCCUUGUGUUUUCGUCUGGACAGCGGAUCCAUAUAUUUUCUGAAACGAUGACAUCAUUAGCCCACCUCUCACCCCUAGUCAGACACCGCUACGUCACGUAACAGAAAUAAAAAAAUGUACAAACACUGAAGGAUUGUCUUUUUAUUAACUAACAUUAACACAAGAUUAAUACAUGUUUUGUUACAUGUUUGUUUGUAAACUGCGCGCAAGGUUUACGCGCAUAGUCCAA